AGACAGUAUUUUCAAAACUCCCGAGUCUGCUCUUCAACGCUGUUCAUCAUGAAGAUCUCAGUGGUAGCCUUCAUGUUCCUCUUUCUGGUGGCCUCCAUCUCUCUGCCUGUAACUAAUGCAUUUGGCUUUCAUUCAACCAUCUGCUGCCUAAGUUACACCGAGAGAAAAAUUCCGAAGCAUCUUGUGAAAAGUUUUUUCUUCACCAGUGGAUCCUGCAGAUUGCCAUCUCUAGUGUUUUUGCUAAAGAAUGGUACACCAGCCUGUGUUAACCCAAGAGAAGAAUGGGUCAAGACUAUUGUGAGAUCUUUCAAAGAAGAAUGAAGAUCCUAACUGCUGAGCUUUUGCCAUAUUGAUGUCAACAGAGAAACUCCAUCUGGGAAACAACUACAUUAGAUGCUCAACUGUGCCUUUGUCACAAUCCCCAUAAAUUCUGACAAUUUGGUGGCUGAACAGAGCCCCUGCCAGGAGAUUCCAAGGUUAGAAGGCAGGAAUCUCCUGGUCCUGUUACUCAUGCUCAUGCUGUGGACUUCUAUCAUCAACACUUGAAGGGCUUCCUUUCUUAGCUAAAUCUUCCAACUUCAGAUCCGAUUGUUCCCCAAAUUAGUUUGAAAAUUACUCUGCUUUACCCUGAUGUGGCUGAAGACCAUGUGCAUUGUUCAUCUAAAAUGUUUGAAAGCUAUGCUUUUGAAAUUAAAGAGCCCAUCGCUCCCAUUCUUAAAUAAAAAUCAUCUCAUUAUGAGUUCUAAUGGUGCUGCUAAAUUAAAUGUGUUAUUCAACUAUUGAAAUUUAUUCAAGUUCAGGACUAUACCAUCUUCUAACCUAACCACUAGGGAAAGUCCCAGUGCACUUUUUCAAACUGUAACUCCCAGAAUGGUAUAUGGGAUAUCAUGAAAAUAAAGAUGGAAAUCUAAUUGUUAGUUACAGAGAUUUCACUGUAUUUAUGAGGUAUUUUUCAGGAAAGUCUAAACAUAGAUUGUAAUUGAGAGCAGAGAUUUCACAAGCUAGAGGUUUCAGUCUGUGAAAACUAUUUUUGAAUCCAGUUCUGCACCCAUUUGUUUGUAUUUAUUUAUAUAUUGUCAUGGGCAUUUCACAUCCUUAUCUGAAAAUGAAUACGUGAUAUUUCUAUUUAUAUUGUAUUUCUAUUAAUACAUAAUUGUUAAAAACUGUGUUCACAACAGUAUUUAUUAGCAUCCUUAUCCCAGUAAGAUGUGACUUGGUACUUU